GUUCAAGCACCCCACCUUAGCGAAGGUCCCGGAUUUGAUGUACUGGGAUACCUCUAACAGGUGACAGAGGAAGUCAUUGGUGUGCGAGUCAUUGAUUUCUGAGGAAGUGUUCGGGCGGAUAUGCGUUGUUUGAUCUCUUGCAACAUGGCAAGCUGACCGAUGGAGACGGAAGAAGCUUCGAAAGAUGGGGAAGCUCCUUCACUGGAAGGUUUGCAAAGUCGGCUCCGCUUGCUUGAGAGACGGGAGGAGGAGUUGAUGAGAGAGAAAGAAUCUGCGGAGGAAGAAUUCCGCAUUAACAGGGCGAAAUUUCGCUCGCUGUUCAUUCAGAAAGAAGAGGACCUGAAGAGAGAGUCGGAAGAGCUGAUGAAAUGUCGUGAAAUCGAAUCGUUGCUGAGAGCCGAAAUCGGCAAUCUGCAGAGGGAAAUCAGUGAUGUGAAAUCCGAAGUUUUCAUCGCUCAGUGCACCAAAGAGAAUGAAAUCGAAAUGGAAAAGAGGAAAUGCGCCGAUGAAAUCGCAACUGUGCAGCGCUUGAUGGAUGAGCGACUGGAGGAAGUCCGUCGUUCAUUGGAGGCCAAGUAUGAGGGUGAAAUCCGACACCUGCGCGAGAAACUAGAGACAUACAGGUGCAAUGCGAAUACAGUUGCUUUGGAUGGAAAGGAUCAGUUACUGCCGUCUGUUGGUCCCAGCGUGUUAUCGGUUGUGUCGAAAACUUUCGCGAAAACAGUGGAUAGGAUCCAAAGUUUUCAAAACGACGAUUCAAAAGAAGAUCGGAAGAAUUCUCAUGCUGAGGAAGAUGCGGAGUUUGUCAGAUCUUUAGCAGCCACUUUGGAACAAGAAGUAGCCGCAUUGAAAGAUAAGCUUCGAGUUGCAGACGAGCAACUUCGUGUCUAUGAGGCUAAUCAACAUGAUUUACUGAAAGGCUGUCGAGCUUUGGAUGAUUUAACCCAGAUGCACGAGGCGCGACUGAGUCUGGAAAAAGAAAGAAAGGCCCAUAACGAGGUGAAGGAACUGUUGGUGAAAGCCAAUGAAAACGCGCAGAAACUCGAGCAAAACAGAUUGCUUGAACGGAAAAGGCUCUUGGAAAUCUUCUCGCCUGAACAGCUGAAGAAGUUCGAUGGUGCACCGAAAGAAGACGGAGAAGAUCAUGGGGACGAUGCCACUGCUCAGGAUCAAGGAAAUGCCAAGUCAGCGUCACCGAAAGCAAACCCUUCAUCGGAAGAAGAAAAACUGGUGGACAAGCAGAUCCUCGUUUUGGAAAAAGAAUGGAACCUUCUUCAUCACGAAGUGGAAUCUGCCCGCGAGAAAUUCGUCAAGUCCUGCCCCAUGUGCGCCAACUACGAAAUCCGCCUCCAGGACGCCCAAAAGGACCAGAAGGCCGCCGAAAGAACCACCAAGUCAUUGGAACAAGCCCUUGAACGUUACAAGGAAGACCUGAACCGAGAAAGCCGGUAUCGAAAGGAAAUGGAAGAAAAAUGGCUGGGCCUGUCUAAAGAAUACGAACGUCAAGCCACCGAAUUGGCGAGGAAUUUGGAUGCGAAGGAAAAGUCUCUGGCGGCGAUGAAAUUGCAGACGCUUGAAUGGAAACGAAGCGUGGAAGCGAAACUUCGAGAUCUGGUUCAUGGCAGGGAAGCGGCUCAAAAGGAAUUGAAUAUGCUGAGGACUGAAAAUGAUAAUUUGGUCGGGAAGCACAGUGCGCAUUCCCAGGAGCUGCAGAACGAGGCCAUCAAUUUCCCCGACAGUGUUGACGAGCUCCAUGAACUCCUUUUGAAGUACAGAGAAGAUCUGAUUUCCGCCAAAGUAGCCGCGGAGGCUCUGCAUGACACACUCAAGAAAGAACGGAGGAUGUUCAAGGAUCGGAUCUUGGCCGAGAAACAAGAAAAGCAGGAUCUAGAGGAAUCCUUGCAUCAUGAAUUGGAUGAACUCAAAGAAAGAUUAUUCAUUUUGGAGGGGGUUCAAGAAGCUUACGAGAGGGAGCAAAAGUCGGCCGUGGCCAUGCGACGAGCAAUGGACGAGCUGAAAAUUCAUUCUGAAGACAAUCGAAUCAAAGACUCUCAGUUGAUUCAGGUGCUGAAGAAAUCUGCGGAAGAGCUCAUCGCGGAGAAGAGUAGGCUGGAAUCUGAGGUCCACAGACUGCAGUGUAAGAACAGCGGCCUUACGCAAGAUUUGAACAAUAGUGAGGCUGUGCAAAGGGACUUCGUGAAACUGUCUCAAUCGCUGCAAGUGCAGUUGGAGAAAAUCCGUAGCUCGGAAAAGGAGGUUCGAUGGCAGGACCCCGAAGAUGUGGAUGAGUGCAACUCUUGUCACGCUUCUUUUUCUCGGUCCAAGAAGAAGCAUAAUUGCAAACACUGUGGCAAGGUUUUCUGUCCGGAGUGCACAUCCAAAAGUGUGCCGAGUGGUUCUCACUCGAAACCAGCCCGAGUUUGCGAUGUUUGCCACACUUUGCUGGUGAGCAACACUGCUCCUUACUUCAGCACGGAUCCUCCUCAUACCCCGGAUUGAUUGCAGUUUCAGGAUUUAAGAAAUUUGGAGACUACUAGAUUCGUAGUCUCAAGAUUCUGUGAUAGUUCGGUGCAUUGAUAGGUGUUUCAUUCCAUUUUUUGUGUUUCUUCGUUGAUCAACGAAAUUGUGUUGAGGAUAUCAUGGUCGAGUUAGUGACGUACUCUAAGUGGAAGUUGACUUUCAGUGAUCGAGUUUGAAAUCACUCUCGCGGUACAUUUUCAGAUUAUUAAAAUCCCUAUCCGGAAAUUCUAAUUUUCUUACGCAUGACGAAAUUCCAGGUACUGUAUUCGGAUGUUUCUAAUCGACCAGAUGAAUUUUUUUGUGGGAUGUGUGGUUCUCUGUAUGAUUUUCACGCUAAACAUGUUUUCGCCGGUCGAUAUAUUAACAUGGCUAUCGAAACCUUUUUUUUUUGUGUGCAAUGAAACCUCCGUCAUCCUAGCUAAUGACUGGACUCCUUAUUCUGGAUAAUCAAGAAUCACGCAUUUUGAUGGUCAAGAAAAUAUUUUUAUUUGUUGAAUUAUUGUUCGUAAUUUUAGUCUCGACUAUAAAUUAUGUAUGAGUCCCUUUUUUUCCUUGAGCAAAUUCACGCUAGAUCAGAAUCAAUGUGAUAAAGAAUGCUUGAAAAUUGUGUGGAGUCGUGAAAGUUCCAGUUGGUGACUCAUGCUUCGAAUAUGUCUUAGGGGUCGGAAAUAUGUGGAUGAAAGUAUUUCACGUACUCUUGAUCUAAACUAUUUUUAUUAGUUCGGAUUUCAGGAAAACUAAUUAAUUGAAGCACGGAUAGCAGAGGUUCUAUUGCAUCAUCGAAAGUAAGUCAUGAUUUAUGUUUGCUUCUGAUCUUGUAUUUCAGAUUUAGUGCUUUAAUGUCCUCAAUGGAUAAGACUAUCGGCGUGUGUGUGGUAGUGAAUGAUUCCAUGGAUUCACGGUUGUGUUCUGCAUAGAAUGGAAGGAUUUAUUGGCGCAUUUUAUGAAAAACAUCGAAACGAUUUCCAUUUAUUUAGCUUUCUCUGUUGGUCAUCGUAGUGCAUUUGAGGAAGCGAGGGAUAAAAUAAAAUGAGCAUUUUAAAAUUUGUUGAGAUCAGUUUUGGGACUUGUCGUCGGAACAAGUGAUGAUUAUUUCAUUUUACGUUAGAAUUUUUUGCGUGGAAUAACAAAUUAUGUCAUUGGUCAUUUUUUAGCGAUAAUCGAGACAAGCAAUGUAUGGUAUAAUGUGUCGUGAAGCCUGAACAGAUCUGCUAAAUUUGACACUGGUGCCUCAGUUAUGGAAUCGAUUCGUUCCAGUCGAAAGUUCAUUAUCCGAAAAUUCUAUUUGCCGACUAAUGUGAAGUUUUGUAGUAAACGUUCCUCGAAUAUAAAAUCUAUUCUGUGUAUUCACGGUAAUUUAUUCGGGAUCGCUCAUGAAUGUAUUCCAGGAAUUUUUGAAUAAAUAGUCAUAUCAAAAGGCCUUCAAAUUAAAUUUUACAAGGUUAUGUUUUCGAAAGACGAUCCUUUUUUUAUUCAUUUGAAACACUAAACUUUGUGGCAGUCCGAUGAGUUCUUUAAACGGGAAAUUCAUUAUGCAAGGUAUCUAUAAUUCUGGGUAUCACAUCGUGAAAUUUCAUUUUUAUAGGUUUGCCCUUGAAGCUGUGACCACACCAUUAUCGUCUCGAAGUCCCACUUAGCCUUUUCACACGAUUAUUUACAGACAAGUGUAAAAAUUUCCCUUCGUUUGAAGCACGUUCAAUUCACAGCUAGAUCAAGUUAGCCUGACGUAAAUGAUGCUUAUUGAAUUGAUUUUUUUUUUGUGUUCUAUGAAGGCUCCCUUUGCCCCGAGACGUAACAAACGUGGAGAAACCCUUCCGCAACAGCCUUUCAUCAGAACUACUGUAUUCUGCAGAUGGCGUGAUAUAAUGCCGUGAUGGGAAAACUGAAUGCGGUUGAAUUCAACGAAAAGCCCGUUUUAUUGCCACUUUUUCUCAUCAGUUUCGUGAAACAUCCCGGAAGAGAGAUGUGGAAGUGAGGGUGUGGUUGCCAUCAUUGCGGCAAUGGAGCAUCAUUAAGGCAACAAAUGUUCCCUUUUUUAUCUGGUGAUCUUUGGGCGAAAAAGAUUGUAUACUGCGUAUAAUUUUCGUGACCUUCGGCAAUUUGAUGUGACUAUAACUCUGCGACA